UAGUCUACUUUCUGAUCUGUUUAUUUUGGUAUUUAUUUGCGGCAAACCAAGACAAAGCAAAACGGGCACACUGAACUGUAGCCACCACUCCCAAUUCCAGAGCAGUAAAUCUCGAUGGCAAGGCAGUCAACUUCGUUCGGCUAAAAAAACCCGGCUAAAUUCCAGCGUCAACGAGAGCAAACUCGACAUUUCCGGAUUGCCCCCAAGGUGGUACCGAUUCCGAUUCCGAAAGCUGCGACCAUAUAUGUAGAGUCGGGGGCAGGCAGUGAUCCGAUCCCGGCCAAAAUUAACAUAUUCCUGGAGUCCAUCAGCCAGCUGGCGGCCCUGGCGACCACGAGCGGCAUCAUGCAGCUGCUGCUAUCCUCCGUUUGCAUGGCCCUGACCAGCGCGGUGAUCGGGAAUGCCUACUACCAAAAGCAGCAGUUCUAUCCGGCGGUGGUCUACAUAACCAAGUCAAACGCCUCCAUGGCGGUUAUUUACGUGCAGUUCUUCGUGAUUGUCUUCAUGUUUGGCAAGCUGCUCCGCAAGAUCUUCCUGGGCACGCUACGUGCCGCCGAGUUCGAGCAUCUGCUGGAGCGCUUUUGGUACGCCCUCACGGAGACCUGCCUGGCCUUCACUGUAUUCCGGGACGACUUCAAUCCACGCUUUGUGGCCCUGUUUACGGUGCUGCUUUUCCUCAAAUCAUUCCAUUGGCUGGCCGAGGAGCGAGUGGACUUUAUGGAGCGUUCGCCCGUGCUCGGCUGGCUGUUCCACAUUCGCGUGGGCAGCUUGCUCACCAUGCUGGGCAUCCUCGACUACGUGUUACUGAUCCAUGCCUACAACUCGACUCUGGUGCGGGGACCCACUGUGCAGCUGGUCUUCGGCUUCGAGUACGCCAUCCUUUUGACCGUAAUCGCCAGUACGGCCAUCAAGUACGUGCUGCACGCGGCGGAGAUGCGAACGGACACGCCCUGGGAGAACAAGGCGGUGUUCCUGCUCUAUACCGAGCUGGUCAUCGGGCUCAUCAAGGUGGUGCUCUACAUCUUGUUCGUGGUGAUUAUGGCAAAGAUCUACGCGCUGCCCAUGUUCGUGUUCCGGCCCAUGUUCUUCACCAUUCGGAACUUCCGCAAGGCGCUGAACGACGUGAUCAUGUCCAGGCGGGCCAUCCGCAACAUGAACACCCUGUAUCCAGACGCCACGCCCGAGGAACUGCGCCAGUCGGACAACAUCUGCAUAAUUUGCCGCGAGGACAUGAUCAACCACUCGAAGAAAUUGCCCUGCGGCCACAUCUUCCACACCACGUGCCUGCGCUCGUGGUUCCAGCGUCAGCAGACCUGUCCCACCUGCCGUCUGAACAUACUGCGUACCCCUGCCGUGAAUUCAACGGCGAUGCCGCGCGCAGGCGAUGAGGCCGCCGUCGCUGCUGCUGCUGCUGGGAAUGCCGCUCCGGCUGCAGCCGGUGCCCAACCCGCAGGAGGGGUGCCUGCUCCGACUCCAGCUGCCGGAGUCGAUGUCAACCAGGCUGGUGCCAACGGCCCGCUAGCCGGAGGUCAACCUAUGCCGCCUAGCUUUGCAGAUCUCUUCGGCGAUGCCACCGGCUUGCCCAAUCUAGGUGGACUUUCGGUGUCUCCACCGCCGGUCAUGCCCAUGCUGUCGCCUUUUAUGAUGCCGCCGCAGUUUGGCUACUUCUCGUCGCCGCCAACUAUUCCGCUGGACCUGACCAAGUUCACCGACGAGGAGCUGCGCGCCAUGGAAGGACACCAGCGGGAGCACAUUGAGCAGCGUCUAAGGUUGCUGCAAAACAUAAACCUCAUGCUGGAUUCGGCGGGGGUGAUGAUGUCCCAGUACCAGACUUUGGUCUCCCGCCUGCAACUCACUGCAGUGCCGCCGCCAGCAUCUGCCGCAGCUCCAAGCCUUGUAGAAGGAGCAGCUUCAGGCCCCGUCGCGUACGACAAGCCCAGUACCUCGGCCUCGGCCAUGGCCCAGCUGGAAGCUCACCAGGUGACCCCCACGGUUGGAGUCCCUCCACUGCCUGCAGAGAAGGUAACCAUUGAGGAUCUGGGCGCGGACGAAGACGACGUUCCAUCUACGGUCACGGAGGCGGCGAGUCUGCCCAACUCUGAUGCCGACUUCGAGGAGAACUCCUCGGAGCUGGGCGAGCUGAGGAAGCGUCGCUUGAAGUUCCUGGAGGAGCGCAACAGGUUCGCGAACGAAGGCAGGCCAGCGGAAUAGAAGACUCCACUCCACUCCAUAUAACAGCAGCGAAAUCCCUCAUCCCUCAAAAACCAUAAACAUAACGUACUUGCGGUAAUCACAUUUUCUCUUCUCUUGGCUGGUAUUGAUUUUGUUUAUACUCCGCUCCUCAUCCGCUGCACUUGUCCCUUGACUUCUGUUCUUUUCUACGGCUUGCGUUGUGGGAAUAUUAUAACGAUGACGACAAUGACGACUACGAUGCGCCCGAAAUUCACAUUCUGAAGCACGACCGCCCAGUAAAAACGGCGUGUGAAACGAAGGAUCUGAACGUGAACGAAAUGCCGCAUCCAAAUUCAAUAUGUAGCAAUAUGUAUUGUGUAAAAACUAUUUUAGAGAUGGGAAACUGAUCAUUUGUAUUUAAUAUUACUAUAUGUGUAUAAUUAAUGUGAAAUAUAAUUAAAACGAAAAGAACGAUAAA